AUGCACACAAACCGUUUUCCGUCGAACAUGUCGGACUACGGCGGCGCUGGUGUUUGCCGGUGCUGUUUCAGCUUCUUGCUGACUUCUGGUCUAACAACUCUCUUCUUGUGGCUAAGCCUCCACACUUCAAAACCUGUUUGCUCAAUCCAAGACUUUUACGUCUCUGCCCUCAACAAAACCUUGAAUUCCACCUCAAACCACUCCAUAUUCUUCGACCUCAAGCUCGAGAACCAGAAUAUAGACAAGGGAGUUUACUACGACGCAAUCAACCUCACCUUCUAUUAUGGUCCAAAUAUUAGUCUUCCGAUUGCGAAUUACACGGUGUCUGGGUUUCACCAGGGCCACAAAAAGUACACUCACCGGAAAGAUCUGGUGGAUGCUCGAGGAGUGCCGUGGGAUGAGGUUUUCAGGGGGUUUCGAAUGGGUCAGUGGCGGUUUUCCGGGUAG